AGAUGGUGACAUGCAUGGUCUCGAUGAGUUGCCCAGGUGAGUUGAAAGUCGAUGCGAAUAAAAGAACUCCUUUUGCUUUGUUAUGCGACCGUCGACCUAUGGCUGGGAAGCAGAGACAAGACUUGUACAAACACGAGCGAAGACAAAUAGUAAGGCAUAAGAGACACAGAGACCUUUUAGUCCAAUCAGACUACGUUGCUUGCUUGUUGCACAUCCAUGCCACUGGUGUUCUCGAGGACAGACCAGUGGGAAUGUGGCAUUUAGUUUUUGGACUUUCCUACCCCAUUCAUAUGCCUGCUAGGCUGCUAUAGAAGUUGGGCAUCCAGACACUUUUUUGAGAAAAAAAAAACAUCUCAAUCCACGGUAUAAUCGAUCUUUGGCGUGGUGCUUGACUUGACGUUUUCUUUUCAAGCACCCAAUUGUCUUUCUUUGAGUCAUCCACGGUAUGUAUAGAUAGGAUAUAAUCGGUGACAUUAGCACUAUUUUCCUAAGUCAGUUUGAGAACCGGUGUAUCAUCACUUGGUGGAGAACCCUGUCCCAGGUACAUAAACCAAAAAUUUUGAAAAAAUAAUAAAGGGGAAAGUAAAAAAAAAUCAAUACAUCACACAUGCAAAAAGAAAAAACAUAAAAGGGGUAAUAAGGAUUUCAGCCCAUAAGCUAUACACUCCACGGCCCACCAAAGAGCGGUCGUGUCCAGCCUGUCCGACGUGCUGGGCGCAGGUGGGAUCCGGAACUCCGGCUGGCCCACUCGAUGUGUCUGUGAACACCAGCCGGGGCCGUACAGCAAUAAUGCGAGCGGGCGAUAACAGCAGAGACUACUGCCAUUUCGGAUUUCCGCCCGCCGCCGCUGCCGAGGCGGCUAUCGAGUCUAUCCACCCGUCGUCCAGGUCGAGCGGCAGCUCCCGCCUGCGGCUUGCCGUUUCUCGGCUCCGAGCGCCGGAGCUAUCCCAUACCCAGCUUCUCCGGCCGUUACUCUUGGCCGAUCGACGACCGCAUAAAGCCCCGGCCCCACUCCUCCGGCGACGAUGCCUUCCGGCACGGACCCCCUGCUCGCCCGCGCCGACGGCAUGGCGGACGCGGCCGUCGACCACCGCGGCCUGCCCGCCGAGCGCGGCGCCACCGGCGGCUGGAGGUCGGCGCUCUUCAUCAUAGCGGUGGAGAUCGCGGAGCGGUUCGCGUUCUACGGCGUGUCGUCGAACCUGAUCAGCUACCUGACCGGGCCGCUCGGGGAGGGCACCGCGGCGGCGGCGGCGGCCAUCAACGCGUGGAACGGGGUGGCGCAGCUGCUGCCGCUGCUGGGCGGGGCCCUCGCCGACAAGUGGCUCGGCCGCUACCGCACCAUCGUCAUGGCCUCGCUCCUCUACGUCCUCGGUCUUGGCAUGCUGGCCUUCUCGACGUUUCUCUCCUCCGGCGGCCACCACCAAUGCACCACAACCGCCGGCGGCCAGGCCUGCGCGCCGUCCACCCUCCAGGUGGCCUUCUUCUACGCCUCCCUCUACAUCGUAGCCGUGGCGCAGGGCGGGCACAAGCCCUGCGUGCAGGCGUUCGGCGCCGACCAGUUCGACCAGAGCGACCCCAAGGAGUCCGUCUCCCGGAGCUCCUUCUUCAACUGGUGGUACUUCGGCAUGUGCGCCGGCACCGCCGUCACGCUCGUGCUCCUAAGCUACGUCCAGGACAACAUCGGCUGGGGGCUCGGGUUCGGCAUCCCGUGCGCCGUCAUGGCGGCCGCGCUAGCCGUGUUCCUUCUCGGCACGCGGACGUACCGCUACUACGUCACCAACGCCAAGGGGGGCCUGUUCGCUCGCGCCGCCGAGGCUUUCGCCGAGUGGCGGAGCAGGCGGAAAGCGGGGCCUCUGGAGCAGGCUUCGCAAGAACGCGAUCGAGCUGCAGCUGAGGCGCCGAGGUUCAGUGCUGGUGUCGACGAGGAGGAUCAGGCUGUGGUGAGCAAUGCAGGCUUCGUCAAGGAGGCCAAGGCCAUCCUCCGUCUCUUCCCGAUAUGGGCGACGUGCCUGAUCUACGCCGUGGCGUUCGCGCAGUCGUCGACGUUCUUCACGAAGCAGGCGGCGACCCUGGACCGGCGCAUCGGCGAUCAUUUCAAGGUGCCGCCGGCCGCGCUGCAGAGCUUCAUCAGCAUCACCAUCGUGGUGUUCAUCCCGAUCUACGACCGCGUCAUCGUGCCGGUGUCGCGCCGGUACUCCGGCAAGCCGUCCGGGAUCACCAUGCUGCAGCGCAUCGGCGCGGGGAUGUUCCUCUCCCUCCUGUCCAUUGUGAUCGCGGCGCUCGUCGAGACGCGCCGGCUCCGCGUCUCGCGGGACGCCGGCCUCGUCGACAAGCCCAACGUCCCGCUGCCGAUGAGCCUGUGGUGGAUGGUGCCGCAGUACGUGCUGUUCGGCGCCGCGGACGUGUUCACUAUGGUCGGGCUGCAGGAGUUCUUCUACGACCAGGUGCCCAACAAGCUGCGCUCCCUCGGGCUCGCGCUCUACCUCAGCAUCUUCGGCGUCGGCAGCUUCAUCAGCAGCGCGCUCGUGUCGGCCAUCGACAGGGCGACGACGGCGAGGGGCCAGAGCUGGUUCUCCAACAACCUGAACCGCGGCCACGUCGACUACUUCUACUGGCUGCUCGCCGCGCUCAGCGCCCUCGAGCUCCUCGCCUAUGUCUUCUUCGCGGUGAUUUACAAGUACAAAAACAAAGGAGCCGUGCAUGCGAGUGUUGCUGGUUAGCUAGAGCUGUGAAUUGGAGAUAGUACAUAGUACUAGGUGACAAGUGACAUGGUACCAAGGGUGUAAAUGGCAUUUUCCCUCCAUUACGAUUCGUGAUGGAAACUAUUAUCUUCGAAGUUGAUGCCCAUUUGUAUCAGCUGAGAGGGUCAUGCUUCAAUUCUUAAGCCAGAUUCUCCAACAGUAGUCGGUAAAUUGGUCGUUCAUUUGGUCCAGCAUAUAGGCAGUUUAUAUUUGUGACGAGUUAAUAAGAUAACAAUACUUGAGGAUU